GGUGGACGCUGGGCAUCCUUAUCUACGAGAUGAUCUGCGGCCAGCCGCCGUUCUGCGACGAGGACCCGAUGGGCAUCUACCAGAAGAUUCUGGCAGGCAAGGUGUAUUUCCCGAAGUACUUCGACAAGAACGCCAAGGCACUCGUGAAGAAGCUGCUGACGGCUGACCUCAGCAAGCGCUACGGCAACCUGAAGGACGGGCCCCAGGACGUCCUGAAGCACCCGUGGUUCGCCUCCCUUAACUUAGCCGAGCUGGAGGAGUACAAGGUCCCAGCGCCCUACAAGCCGAAGAUGAGCAGCGAGAACGACUUCUCGAACUACGAGGAGACAUCCCGGACUCCAACGACGCCACGCCGCCCGAGGUCCCCCCUAGGACCCCUUCACCGACUGGUGAGGCCCCAGCGGCGGCUGGCCCAGCGGCGCCCGCGCGAGGCCGUGAAGUGCCGACGGAUACCGAUCGGGGCAACGGGCCUCUCCGCAACGGGGCGCCCUGUUCUUGGCCCCCUCCGCUGCAAGGUCUGGGCCGCCACACCACCGAGAGUGCAUUUUGCGGCGGGCCUUGGCGGGUGGAUGUUUGGAUGGGGGGGGGGCUGGAACCACUUUGAACGCGGAGGCGUCGGGUUGAGGCCUCGACAGCCCGCAGCCGUUCGGGGACGACGCGGGCGCGCUCACUGUACUGAGACCUGGUUGGCAGCGAUGCCGUUUUGCAUUCUAUUUUUGAGUCAUGCUUACAGGAGGCCCCCCGUGCUGUGGCGCGCUGUGCCCAGCUCAGCCGCCCCCGCCAGGUGGCCGACCGACCGUGGCUCGGAGGGGCGAGGAGGAGGACGAGGAGGUGGGGCAUUUUCCCCGUGCCAUCUCCGACCUCUGCGCACAGAUAUGAGUCCGCGCCCCGUUGCGCGCCGCCGCCUGUGCCGUGAUUGACCCGGGGACGGGGAGGGGGGGGGUCUCGGGAUGCCGACGCCGAGGGUGGACAAGGCUGGGGCCUGCUGCGGCCGGCGGCUGGCGGCACGCCCCCUGAAGGGGGCGGCCGCCGAAACGCGACGGAACGCGGGGCCGGCGCGCGCUCUUCUUGAGCGCCGGCCAGGGCCAGGGAAA